GACGAGACGUAAGCCCAAGGGACUCAAGAGGCUGUGGGCCUAUCUGUUGAGCAUCCGCCACCUCACUGUCAUCAUCACAGCAGUGGUGUUUGUGGUGGUGGUUAUCAUGUGGUCGCUGCUAUGGGUCUUCAUAUUUCGCAGGGAAAGCAACAGUGGAGUGUAUUUUGCCGGGAUGUUCCGUGUUGCCAACGUGGAGUUUAUCCCAGAGUACCGCCAGGAACAGUCUAGUGAGUUUGUAUCCAUGGCAAACAAAAUACAACACGUGGUGAGCAAUGUGUACAAGGUGUCCUCAGUGGCCAGACUCUACAAGCAAGCUGUCAUUUCAGACCUCAGUAACAACAACAAGGGCGGUGUGCUGGUUCACUUCUGGAUGGUGUUUGUGGUCCCUCGACUGAAGAGCCCAGCAGUGUGUGAGGAGUGUGUAGGAGCCAUUUUCAGAGACUCAGUCCACACCAGCAUGAUGAACAGGUCCUCUGUAGGCUACCUGCUGGGUCUCCCAGUGGAUAUCGACUCCAUCCUCAUCAAUGCUGUUCAGCGAUCAGAUUAUUCAUCAAAUGGAGCAGGCUCUCAGUGUGUAGAUAAGCUGUAUGCUAACCUUCCUGGGGCGAGUGUACCUUUGAACGUCUUCUCAUCAUGGGGUGGUGUGAAUUGCCAUGUAAAACUCACUGCUGCCCCCGGCUCUCUGAUCCGUCUGACCGUCACCUCGCUCCUCAUUGAGCCCAGCGACUGUGUGAAUGAUGCCCUGACUGUGUACGACGCUCUGCUGCCCAUGAGAGGGCGCAUUCUGCACAGGCUGUGUGAGUCAGUGGCCAGCUCCUUCUCCCUGGUGUCUACCUCCAAUGUCAUGUUGCUGUCCUUCAGAAUGACCAAUGGCAACAAGAGCUUCAGAGGACACUUUGAGGCCAUUGCUGAAGAAGUGUGUAUGUCUCAAAUUGAGACCCACAUAAAGCCUGACAUCACUGGUCAAAUCUACAGCCCCUUCCAUCCCAGCCUUCUGCCCCCACAGUGCUUCUGCACCUGGAAGUUUGAGACCCCUAACAGUGCUUUAGGAGUUGCUCUGAAGUUUCAGAACUAUGUAUUGAAACCAAAGGCCAUGGAGGGCUGUGAACACGGCUGGUGGAAGGUCAAUGAAAUCAUUUUCUGUGGCAGCUACGUGGGACACCACACGGUGUUUCGGAUCGCUGACCACAGCCCAGAGGUGGAAUUUCGCAGCAGCUCACGUAACUCUGCUCAGCCUUUUCAGGCGUCUUACAGCAGCUACAAUAUCAGCCAGCCCUGUCCAGAGAGCCACUUCCUGUGCUCCACAGGACUGUGUGUGGAGAAAAGUCGACGCUGUGACGGCCUGGACGACUGCCAGGAUGAGAGUGACGAGGUCUUCUGCUCGAGGCCGACAAAAAACUGUGGUGGCAACAGUCCUCUGCAUCCUUUGUAUGUAUGCAAUGGAGAGACAGACUGCACCAAUGGAAUAGAUGAGAUCAACUGCACUCAGGAAACAACCUGCUCUGAAAUCAGGUAUCAAUGCAACAGUGGCUCCUGCAUCAUGAAGAAGAACGCAAAGUGCGAUGGUGUCCAUGACUGUCAGGACCACAGUGACGAGGCCGAUUGUGCCUGUGGUCGUCCCUCCUUGAAGAAGGUGGGUUCAUCUUCAGGAGCUGAGCGUAUCGUGGGUGGAGAUAACUCUGUGGAGGGGGAGUGGCCGUGGCAGGUCAGCCUCCACUUCUCUGGUAACCUGUACUGUGGGGCUUCUGUCCUCUCCUCUGAUUGGCUCAUCUCAGCAGCACACUGCUUCAGCAAGGAAAGGCUGUCUGACCCACGAUACUGGAGCGCCCACCUCGGCAUGCUGACACAGGGCAGUGCCAAACACGUGGCUGAGAUCCAGCGGAUUGUGGUGCAUGAGUAUUAUAACACGUACACAUUUGACUAUGACAUCGCCCUGCUGCAGCUGAAGAAGCCCUGGCCUCCCUCCCUCAGCCCGCUGGUCCAGCCUGUGUGCCUGCCACCCCCCUCCCACACUGUCACAGACAACCACCGCUGCUUGGUCACCGGGUGGGGAUACCGUUCUGAGGAGGACAAAGUGCUGCCCUCAGUGCUGCAGAAAGCACAGGUGUCCUUACUGAGCCAGACUGACUGUAAGAAGAGCUAUGGACCUGUCUCCCCACGCAUGCUGUGUGCUGGGGUCCCCUCUGGAGAGCAGGACGCCUGCAGGGGCGACUCAGGGGGUCCUCUGUCCUGUCAGGCAGCGGGCGGGGGUCGCUGGUUCCUGAUUGGCAUCGUCAGCUGGGGGGCGGGCUGUGGCAGACCAAACCUCCCUGGGGUCUACACCAGGGUCAACAAGUUCACCUCCUGGAUCUACAGCCAUAUCAGCUGUAAACGGGAGGCGGUGAAUGCCCGCCGCAUCCGAGCCGCUCAGGGAGAGGGGCAGUUGAAGGAGCACACCCAGUCAUUGAGUCCCCCCACGAAGCCUAAGGAUCAGGCAGAGCAGAAGGUAGAGGGGGGGAGAGCUCCAGCCUGUGGCUCCUGGAGGAGAUGGAUGUUAGGUGUCCUGCCUUUCUUUCCCUUUGCUGCUGCCAUUGCACUGACUCUCCACUUCUUUACAUCUCCGCCCUCCUCAGUGUUCUUCCUUGGUGGCAGCCUGGAGUUCCCAAACCUGAGCUUCUCCUCAGAGCUGACUGACUCCACCUCCCCUCAGUUCCGCCUGCAGGCUCAGGCUUUGAACCAUUAUUUCUCAGAACUCUACGAUUCCUCGCCGUGGAGCUCUUACUACCUGCACUCAGGAAUUACUGCCUUUAGUGAAGGAGCGGAAGGGCUCAAUGUCUUCUACUGGAGUAAAUUCUCUGCCCCGGACGAUGUUGCAGUGGCGAUCCGGAGGUCUGGCCCAGAGAGGCUGCAGCGCAGGCUUCCUGGCAGCAACAAGGUGCUGCGGGACAGCCGCAACGAGCAGCGCUAUUACAUGGAGCAAGAUGACGACAUGCUCCACCUGCUGGGUUUGGACCCUGACGACUUUGAAUUUGAAGAAGAAAAAUCAGACAAGAGUAAGAAUCCAAACAGCAUCCAGAGUGGGAAGUGGCAGCUUGGCUUCCAAGCGAUGUCCUUUGACCUCUAUGCCAAAUAUGGCAACAACCGCACCCUGAGCCUUGUGAAUCCCAAGAAACCGUACUACCAGUGGCGUCUUCGCGUGCCGUCAGGUCAUGUGGUCCGACUGGUCAUCCUCACCCUGCAUGGUGCCACACCAGGAAGCUGCACUGCCCACAAGCUCUCGGCUUACGACUUCUUACUUCCAUUACAGAACAAGAUCAUCGCACGGUGGUGUGGGCUGCCUAUUUCAGGUUUAUCCCCUGUUAUGAAGCUGACAUCCUCCGGAAAUGUAAUGUUGGUCACCUUCUCCUUCAGCAGACAGAGGGAUGGAGCAAUCUUCAAAGCUUACUUCCAGGCCAUCCCAAAAGCAGGUUGUGGAGGGUCGAUUUCCUCCUGGAACGGCUCAAUUUCCUCUCCCUACUACCCUUCCUAUUAUCCUCCUAACAUAGACUGCACAUGGACACUACGGGCGCCGUUGCCAGGAUACCUGAUCUCCAUGACGAUCGUGACGAUAGAUAUUCAGGAUUCCUCGUCAUCAGACGGCUGUGAGAAAGACUGGCUGGACAUCGGGGGGGUCAAACUGUGUAAUCCAGUGUCAGACAGCAGCAAAAAGCGAGUCUACUCCUCUCCUCUCUCCCUCCACUUCCAUUCGGACGAAUCUCUCACUCACAAGGGCUUCUACUUGCUCUACCGAGCCUUCUCUCCAGAGGGCACCUGUCCUCGGCAUUUUCGCUGUGGAGAUGGACGCUGUAUCCCUCUGAGGAAGGUGUGUGAUGGAGUAAAAGAUUGCUUAGAUGGACGAGACGAGGCUAAAUGCUCAUCCUGCAGGCCAGGUGAAGUGCUGUGUGGGAAUGGCCAGUGUAAGCCUCAAAGCAGCCAGUGUGUGAGCCAGAGCAGCUGUGCAGACAGCAGUGAAGAGGGCGCCUGUGCAGGUAAAUGUUACCACGUGUGUCCCAACAAUGUCUGUUUGCCAAAGUCUUCAGUGUGUGAUGGUGUUAUUGACUGCAAAGACCGCAGCGAUGAACUCAACUGUACCAGAGCAUACCUUAAAGGCUGCUCCUCAUCUUCAUACAAAUGUGCCAACGGAAAGUGUCUAAGUAAGGUUAACCCUGAGUGUGACGGAGUCAAAGACUGCGUGGACGGCUCUGAUGAACUGCGCUGUGGCUGUGGCACCAGGCCCAGGAAGCGCACUAAGAUAGUGGGUGGCUCUGAUGCUGUGGCUGGGUCAUGGCCGUGGCAGGUCAGCCUCCAGAUGGAUCGCUACGGCCACGUAUGUGGAGCCACACUGGUCGCCAACCGCUGGCUCAUCUCUGCAGCUCACUGCUUCCAGGACUCAGAUGCCAUUAAAUACUCAGAUGCCCGUGCAUGGCGGGCCUACAUGGGAAUGCGUGUGAUGAAUACAGGGAACAAUGGCGCAGCCACCAGACCAAUACGCCGGAUCCUCCUCCACCCGCAGUAUGACCAGUUUACCUCCGACUACGACAUUGCACUUCUCGAGCUCAGUGCUCCUAUCUUCUUUAAUGACUUGGUGCAGCCCGUCUGCGUCCCCGCGCCCUCACACACCUUCACAACGGGGACCAGCUGCUACGUCACAGGCUGGGGGGUACUCAUGGAGGACGGUGAACUGGCCUCUCGCUUACAAGAGGCCUCAGUGAAGAUCAUCAACAGGAACACUUGUAACAAGCUGUAUGAUGAGGCUGUCACUCCCAGGAUGCUGUGCGCUGGGAACCUGCAGGGAGGGGUGGACGCCUGCCAGGGUGACUCAGGAGGUCCGUUGGUGUGUCUGGAGCGAGGCAGGCGGUGGUUCCUGGCGGGGAUUGUGAGCUGGGGUGAGGGCUGUGCGAGGCAGAACCGUCCCGGUGUCUACACACAGGUGGUCAGGUUCACUGACUGGAUCCAUCAGCAGACUAAAGGACAGGUGUGAACUGAACACCACACUCACAUGAAGAAAAAAUGAGACCGACUUAACACACAGGACCAUGGUUUCAGACUUGGAGACCAUCUUCAGAUGGUUGUCAUGAUUGCAUGACAGCACAUUCAGUCAGUUUUUGGAAGUGAGUCCAUGGCAACGACCAGCAGGGGCAUCAUCCCUGCUCCACACCAACCAGCUUCCCCUUACAAUCUCCAAACACUGACAGUGGCUAUGUUGACAUGCACAAAAUGCAGUAACUAACCUGGUUAUUAAAUUAACUUUGAACCUGUGCAAAUUACACAUGAUACUUUAAAAUAAAAACACUCUAUUAGCUUUUAGUUUUCACUGUGUGCACAAAUGUAGACUGAACUAUGGGUCGAUAUUUAUGGCUCUACAAUUUUGACAGAGAAAGCUUAAGUCUCCUUAAUCAAAUGGACAGAUGAGGCCAAAGAACAACAAAUAGCUAAUUUAUCCUGUGCAUGUAAAUAUAGCCAAUCACUUCCCGUUUUCCUACCCACCCUCUUAUUCCUGUCACAGCUACAUUUUUCACUACAGAGAUAGUGACCAUGUCAGGUGUUGCAGACAAAAAUCACAACAGUCCUUUUAUUGAAUGUGGAAAGAGUUCUCUCCUCACACACAUGUAACCGUAUAUUUUUGCCCUUAUCUACAUUCGUCCAUGUACUGUAUGUGUGUUCAUGACCGACUGUAUGUGUUUAAGAGUUGUUAUUGUGCUGUUAUGUGUAUGUAUGUGCAUUUGUAUAUCAUGAGUUUAUCCUUAUGUUCAAUAUAUUCUGUAACUGUAGAAAAGUGAAUAAUCCCUCAGUAGGAGGUGAUAAUAUAUUUUGCAUUUCACUUUUACUGUGAUUUAAUUUAUCUUUAUGGUGCCACCUUUGCACUUCAUGCUCCAUGAAAAGCAUGAUAACAGCUCCCUUUACAACCAUGAUGCAGUGGAUGCUGGCAUAAGGAACAAAUAAGUUCAUCAGGAGAAAACCUUACCAAUCUUUGUCUAUGCAGAUACCCAUGCAUGUUCCCGUGUCUCCUGCUGCCCCUCACAUCACCACCUGGUGGCCAAUCUGCACCAUUGUUCAUUUUAUGUCCUGAGGGAAUGAUGCACCUUAACACCCAAAGGAUUUAAAACAUACAGUUUGCAUCAUUGUUUUAUGAUAUCAGAUAUGCUUUUACAUUAAAGACACAAGUUCCAACGCAGCAGGUCUCAAAAAACACUGUUGCGUUUAUUGCUGCAU